AUGGUGAUGUCCACGUUCCAGAAGGUGACGCUGGCCACGUGCGUGGUGCUAUGCGUUGCCUUGCUGCUUCCCAGGAUGUUGUUGUCUCGCGGGAGGAAGGAUGCGAGUGGUACUGAAGGGGGUCACUUUCCACCCAUGGUGCAUCGUCACAUGGCCCCUGAGGCCCGAAGCCAGAGGGCGGGGUCGACCCCCUCCUCCAGGGCCCACAAGACGGAGGCUGUUGUCGCCCGCGCCAAAGGUGCGGGAGCUGGAGCUGGGCUAGGAACGGCGGCCAAAUCCAACCUGGCCGGACAAAUAAUCCCCGUCUACGGAUUUGGAAUUUUACUGUACAUCCUUUAUAUCCUCUUCAAGAUUACGUCAAAAGGGAACAGUCAACCUCCAAUAGGCAGAUUCUCCUCAUUGCGCUCAGAGAACACAAAGCGGAAGAUCACUGACUUUGAACUUCUUCAGCUACAGGAGAAGCUUAGGGAGACAGAGAUAGCAAUGGAGAACAUUGUAUCCAAAGCACACCACAGCCCUGACAGGGACAAUAAAGAAGUAAAUGUGGACCAAGAGAAUCUCCUUCAACAGUUGACAGAAAUCACUCGCGUGAUGCAGGAAGGCCAGCUGGUGGAAGGCGUGGCAAGACCCAACACCCGGCAGCGACCAUGGGAAGAAGAUGAAGAAGCAUAUCCUCACGACUUGUGGGAGCGUCCUCGCUGCUGCUGUCAACAUUCUCCUCGCAGAGAAGACGAUCAGGAUAAUCAUUCAGAGAACGUUUCACCGGACACACAAAAAGCAGAUGACGCUGUAGGUAAAGAUGGCACAGACACAGAGAGACAAGAGGAUGACCAAAGUGAGAAGAAGCAGAGGCAAGGUGAAGGUGAGGAGGAGCAGCAGAAGAUCGAACUGGGCGUACCUGAAGAGGAGCUGCCAGGUGUGCUGAAGGAGCUGGAGCUCACCUUGAAGAUGACGUCGAAUCUGGAGCAAGAGACAGUGAACCGUCUAGAGAUGCAAGCUUUUAACGGGGGCGGGGUUCAAGUGAGACGGCGGAACAGAAGAAGAAGCAAGAAGGAGUCUCAAUGA